AUGCCCAGUGAUCCCGAACACCCACCCCGGGAAUCGCCUGACCCAAAACCCAAGGGAAGACUCGCCUGUCACGACCCGAAUCGGACUGACAAGGCCGGAAGAACAAAGCUGUUUGCCUGCACUACCGCCGGCCACCUUGACAAGGUCCGCGAGUGGGUCAGCAGAGGCGCAGACGUCAAUUUUAAGGACAAUGCCGGCUGGACCCCCAUCCACGAAGCCGCCAUCAAAGGCCAGUGCGAGAUUGCCGAGUACUUGAUCGAGUGCGGCGCCGACAUCAACGUCCGUGGCUUCGGAAACGACACCCCUCUCCACGACGCCUGCUCAAACGGCUUUGUAGACUGUGUCCGGCUCUUGGUCAACAAAGGCGCCGAUGUGUUUGCCCUCAAUGCCGACAAGCAGACUCCUUUGGACGUCUGCGAAUCCACAGAC